AUGGAGGCGGAUUUCGCCGCCUUCGGGAGCCCGCUGUGCGGCGAGGUCAAGCGCUUCUGCAGGCGGGUGCGGGAGACCUACCGGGAGAUCAAGGAGGACCUCACCCCUUACAAGGAUGACCGUUACUACCGGCUGGCACCGAUGCGAUUAUAUACGCUGUCCAAACGGCAUUUUGUUCUGGUCUUUGUAGUAUUCUUUGUUUGUUUUGGUUUGACAGUCUUCAUAGGAAUAGCAGGUCCUAAUGUAAUUGAAACUUCUGUAGCAAGAACCGACUUAAAUAACAGCCUAAAGGUAAGACCAUUUAAUUUAAGUUCGCCACCAUUGUCUACUUACAAUCAGCAGCUGUGGCUGACCUGCGUAGUUGAAUUGGAUCAGCAUGACGAUUUAUCCCUCAAGAAGAAUGUUACUAUGACAGUCAAAGUACUUGGAGUGGUGAAGGAUGGAAGCACACCAUAUGUUAAUAACCAAGUUCACAAUCGGACAAGAUUACUCAGUUGUGCACAAAAAUGCAGUGAAAUCAUUGUUGCUCACCUUGGCUACCUGAACUACACUCAAUACAACAUAUUUGUUAGCUUUGAAGAUCUAAAUAAGUUAACGUACACCAUCCAGAAUAUUACUUUCACAUGGAAGACCUACAAUCCAACUUUUUCACAAGUGGAAAUAUGGUUCCGAUUUGUCUUUGUAGUUCUUACUUUUAUGGUUACGUGUCUGUUUGCACAUUCCCUGCGGAAAUUCUCCAUGAGAGACUGGGGUAUUGAACAGAAGUGGAUGUCCAUCCUCCUUCCCCUCCUGCUACUUUACAAUGAUCCAUUUUUCCCCCUUUCUUUUCUGGUGAACAGCUGGUUUCCUGGAAUGCUGGAUGAUCUAUUCCAGUCACUGUUUCUGUGUGCAUUGUUGUUGUUCUGGCUUUGCGUCUACCAUGGUAUAAGAGUACAGGGGGAAAGGAAGUGCUUAACUUUCUAUCUGCCCAAAUUCUUUAUUGUUGGACUAUUGUGGUUGGCCUCUGUUACACUGGGAAUAUGGCAAACUGUUAAUGAAGUACAUGAUCCUACAUAUCAGUACAGGGUUGACACAGGUAAUUUCCAGGGAAUGAAAAUCUUCUUCCUUGUGGUGGCAACCACAUACAUUCUCUACCUUUUGUUCCUGAUAGUGAGAGCAUGCUCAGAACUUCGUAACAUGCCUUAUGUUGAUCUCAGGUUAAAAUUCUUGACUGCAUUAACCUUUGUAGUGCUUGUCAUUAGCAUUGUUAUACUCUACCUACGCUUUGGAGCACAAGUUCUACAGGACAACUUUGUUGCUGAGCUGUCGACUCAUUAUCAGAAUUCAGCAGAAUUCUUAUCAUUUUAUGGUUUAUUGAACUUUUAUCUCUACACAUUAGCCUUCGUGUAUUCGCCCUCAAAGAAUGCACUAUAUGAAUCACAGUUGAAAGACAAUCCUGCUUUUUCUAUGCUGAAUGAUUCAGAUGAUGAUGUGAUUUAUGGGAGUGACUAUGAAGAAAUGCCACUUCAGAAUGGCCAAGCUAUUAGAGCCAAGUAUAAAGAGGAAUCGGACAGUGAUUGAUUUUGAUGUAGACAGACUUGUUCAGCUGGAAUUAAACCAAUUUUGAAGUUUUCCUACAUGGACAACUUCCUUGGCUUCCUUACAGUAUGCUGUCAUCUGAACACUAACUCCCAGGAAG